AUGAACCAGCCUGCCCCCAGGGCACCCCCUCCACCCCGCCGCGUGCGAUUAAAGCCCUGGCUGGUGGCCCAGGUGAACAGCUGCCAGUACCCAGGGCUGCAGUGGGUCAAUGGGGAAAGGAAAUUCUUCUGCAUCCCCUGGCGCCAUGCCACGCGGCACGGCCCCAGCCAGGACGGAGACAAUACCAUCUUCAAGGCCUGGGCCAAGGAGACAGGAAAGUACACGGAGGGGGUGGACGAGGCAGACCCGGCUAAGUGGAAGGCCAACCUGCGCUGUGCCCUUAACAAGAGCCGUGAUUUCCGCCUCAUCUAUGAUGGACCCCGGGACAUGCCACCUCAGCCCUACAAGAUCUACGAGGUCUGCUCUAAUGGCCCUGCUCCCGCAGAGUUGCAGCCCAGUGAGGACUACACUUUUGGUCCAGGAGAGGAGGAGGAGGAGGAAGAGGAGCUCCAGAGGAUGUUACCAAGCCUGAGCAUCACAGAGGAUGUCAAGUGGCCGCCCACUCUCCAGCAGCCUGUGGUGCUGGGCCCUCCUGCACCAGACCCCAACCUCCUGUGCCCCGCCCCCGGCAACCCUGCUGGCUUUGGGGAGCUUCUCCCUGAGGUCCUGCCGGGCCUGCAGCCCGGGCCCCUGGCUGCCAGCCUGCCCCCCACGGGUGAACAACUCCUGCCUGACCUGCUGAUCAGCCCCCACAUGCUGCCUCUGACUGACCUGGAGAUCAAGUUCCAGUACCGGGGGCGGCCACCUCAGGCCCUCACCAUCAGCAACCCACAGGGCUGCCGGCUCUUCUACAGUCAGCUUGAGGCCACCCAGGAGCAGGUAGAGCUCUUCGGCCCUGUGAGCCUGGAGCAAGUGCGCUUCCCCAGCCCUGAGGACAUCCCCAGCGACAAGCAGCGCUUCUACACAAACCAGCUGCUGGAUGUCCUCGACCGCGGGCUCAUACUCCAGCUGCAAGGCCAAGAUCUGUAUGCCAUCCGCCUGUGUCAGUGCAAGGUGUUCUGGAGCGGGCCCUGCGCCUCCGCUCACGGCUCACACCCCAACCCCAUCCAGCGGGAGGUCAAAACCAAGCUCUUCAGCCUGGAGCAUUUUCUCAAUGAGCUCAUCCUGUUCCAGAAGGGCCAGACUAACACCCCACCACCAUUUGAGAUCUUCUUCUGCUUUGGGGAGGAAUGGCCUGACCACAAACCCCGAGAGAAGAAGCUCAUCACUGUACAGGUGGUGCCUGUAGCAGCUCGGCUGUUGCUGGAGAUGUUCUCAGGGGAGCUUUCUUGGUCAGCCGAUAGUAUCCGGCUACAGAUCUCAAACCCAGACCUCAAAGACCGCAUGGUGGAGCAGUUCAAGGAGCUCCAUCACAUCUGGCAGUCCCAGCAGCGGUUGCAGCCUGUGGCCCAGGCCCCUCCUGUGGCAGGCCUCAGUGCUGGCCAGGGGGCCUGGCCCAUGCACCCGGCUAGCAUGCAACAAUGA